CAUCAGCAUUUUGCCUGGGAAAGUUCCCUGCAGAAAUAAUUAUGUUUGGCAUACAUUAAUAUAGGCUGUGCGUUUGUGUGGCGGUGUGUGUGAUGUGUCAAUGGUGCUAUAGCCUAAUUCACGCCACAUAUCGCAUUAUCCGUAACAAUCGUCGCACGGUUCUUACUACAAAAAACACUGGACCGUAGCCUAACUUAAAUAGCCUUGUCCUUCAAGGAUGAAAAGUGACCUUGCAUUUUCAACCAUCUGCUACAUUAGGCUAAAUAAAAUCAAAAUUAUUUAUGUAAAGUAUAAUCAAAUCAACAGAGAACCUAUUUAUUCUUACAUGGAACGUAUGUUUGUGGUUUUUAAUAAAUCAACAAUACCUAGUAAUAAUCUAGUAGGCUAUCUACAGUAAGUGUUAUCAACGAGCGAGUCUCAGUAGGUCCUAUAACACUAGACUACCAGAUAGACUGGCGUGGCUGAGCUGCUCACUUCACGGAUGCCCGCACAUGCCGUUAGUUAGAUGUCAGGGACGUAAGGAGGAAUAUGAUUAGCAAGAAUAGGUUUAAAGCAUAGAUGUCUCAUAAUUUCACAUUGAGGAAAAUACCAGCUUCUUACGACAAAACGGGUAUUGGCUACUGCCGAAAAGACGGGUCUCGCCGUUGCUGCUGAAGUGAUAAGAUAUUUAAUGUAUAGAAUAAAGGCUAUGCCCUUCAGAAUGAUUCCCAGGGCAAACGCACAAGAAAUCCGUAUUUAGUAGUUUAGUCUUCACGAAACGUCGCACCCUGGCUACGCUACAGAAUGGGAACUUACGACCCUUCGGGCAGAGAUCUGCUAGGAAAUAAAUCUAUUUGUUUUAUGUUCAUUUGUGUUUUUGGGUUGGUCUCUCUUUUACAGCAGAUUCUUUACGGAAAGCCCAACGUUAAAAGCCGGUAUUUUGACCUGCACGACAGCCCUUAUGAAUUCAACUGCACCACGUGCAAGAAGCUUCGGCAGGAUAUAACGGGCGUGAAGGUGCUCUCCAUGGUCAGGACCUCUGAGCUCUUUGAACGAUGGAAGAGCCUGCAGAUGUGCCGAUGGGAACAGAACAAAGUGGAAGCCAAUGCCUUCAGAAAUUUAUUAUCCCGCUGCUGCAAUGCUCCCUCCUUCCUCUUCACCACCAAGAAGAACACGCCCUCGGGGACCAAGCUGAGGUAUGAGGUGGACACCAGCAGCACCCUUCCCAUCACCUCCGAGAUUUUCAAGAUGUUCCCAGACGACAUGCCGUACUCCAGGUCCCAGUACAGAAAAUGUGCAGUGAUCGGCAACGGAGGCAUCAUCAAGAACAGUAAAUGUGGGAAAGAGAUUGAUUCUGCGGACUUUGUGUUCAGGUGUAACAUUCCUCCCAUCUCUGAGAAGUACGCAGUGGACGUGGGGUACAAGACAAACAUGGUCACUGUAAAUCCAAGUAUUAUCAUAGACAGGUUCCAGAAGCUGGAGAAGUGGAGGAAGCCCUUCUUCAAGGCGCUGCAGACCUACAACGGCAGCUCGGUGGUGCUGCCGGCCUUCUACAACACGCACAACACCGAGGUCUCCUUCCGCGUCAAGUACACGAUGGACGACUUCGGCUCUCAGCGGCCCGUCUACUUCUUCAACCCGCAGUACCUGCUGAGCGUGCAGCGCUUCUGGGCCAUCCAGGGCGUGCGGGCCAAGCGGCUGACCAGCGGCCUGAUGCUGGCCACCGCCGCCAUGGAGCUGUGCGAGGAGGUGCACCUCUACGGCUUCUGGGCCUUCUCCAUGAACCCCUCCGGAAUCUUCAUCAUGCACCAUUACUAUGACAACAUCAAGCCCCGCCCCGGCUUCCACGCCAUGCCCAGCGAGAUCUUCAGCUUUCUGCACCUGCACAGCCGGGGCAUCCUCCACGUGCACACCAACCACUGCAGGUGAAAGGCCACCGCCCAGCGGCCUCUGGUGCAGACGUCAUUUGGAUCUGUUAAGAUCUGUUGUAAUUUCGGGUUCCGUUUAGAUAUGUUCAUGUUUACGUGCAUUUAUUCGGGGAAAUUUUGGGACAGUUUUUAUUAAAAAUUUUUUUUUUUUUUGUGCAGCUUUCAAAGAAAGGGGUUCCUUUGUAGGAACUUCUGUUAUUCACCUGUAAUAUUGAUGGUCGCGUAGGUUUGUAAAGCCUAUGUUUCCUCUACAAGAAGCAAUAAAACACUGGCACAUUCCCGUUUUUGCGGUGUAAUGCAUUAGAACUGGACUGCUGCUUAUGUGAUAUAUCUAUCAAUGUUUGACUACUUUUUGAUAAUUUACUCCUGGGGGUUUUCUGCUCACACUUCUUUAAAUUCUGCACAAAAUUUAAUAAAUACAUUAAUAAUUCAAAUAAACUUGUACACAGAAAAUAUUUUGACACUGUGGACAUUUCAUUGUUAAAUAAUGUAUAAACACCACAGCAAUGCAAGAACUUGUGAGUUAGAGCUUCAGUCACUAUUUAUGCAUUAUAUAUGACAUGUACGUUUUUAGCCCAAGCAUAGCAAUGUCUUGUUUCUCUAGGCAACUAGAUAAUAUUGGCAGAAAGUUAUAGCUACAGCUAGUGCUGUAGUAAUAUUUUUUUCCGCCAAUAUGAAAACAUAAAGCAAUUUUGUUAUUUAGAUAAUGUAAUGAUAUGAUAUGUUAGGUAUGUACAGUAUGAAAAGAUAAGAAAGUCUAACCUUAACUAGCUACUCUAGCUACUCUAUACCAGUUUUUCUCAGCUUCAGUCUUGUUCUUCAGGGUGCUCGUUGACAAACGUGUGGAUUUAUAGAAUUUUCUCUCAUGUGCUGUUGCUUUGUUAAAUCGAUGUGUUCUGUGCGAUCCGUCGUCAGUGACCCUGAGUAAAAAUUUAAAACCACAUUGCAUUGUGUGCAAAAUAAGGUAUGUCCACAAUUUUCGGCUUUUUGCCGGAAAUGACCGGGUUGCUGCUAACUGCAGCUAGCUGGGCCGCAUGGCGUUUCAGUCUUUGUGCAAAAAGACAGAUGCAUCUUCCUUUUGGGAAAUUGGGAGUAGAGUUUUGAUGGAACCUUUGGAAGAAAGCACAAAUGAUCUUAUUCUUGUAAUGAGGCAGGGCCAAGCUAAUCCGUAUGAGAAAACAAUAGGCCUAAAAUGGGGCAGCUCCACUUCAGUGGUUUUAAUGAGGAUAACUUUGGUGAACAUGCAGACAUGAGAGAAAGAAGUCAUGCUUUCUCAUCUGUUUAGGGUAGAAAAAAUGAAGCAUUGCAACUGUAGUUGUAAAUUCUGUGGGGGAAAUUCUGAGGAUGAAUGAAUUUGGACAAAUUCUGCAAUCUGCAAUGGCUCAGAAUUUAACCAGGAGUAAUCCUUUACUGUGACUAGUGAUUUGUCUUCUGAUAUUCUGUUGGUGAGAAACUGUAUCAUAAUGUGUAUUAUAACCUCCUGUCAAAUUUGUUACUGUAUGUGAUAAACAGUAUAAAUACAGUAUGUUACUGUUGAUACGUUGUUUUACAACCUCUUUCUGUGCGAAGAGAAAAGUGGAGAAGAUUUCUGGUCAAUUUAUUUAUUUUUUAUUUAGUCUUUGAUUUCAUGAACAGGAAUAUUUUGGUCCCUAAAACAAUUGUCCCAACACACAGUAUGUAGAUUUGUCUGUCUGUUUAUCAAAUAUAUCAAGUAUGUAUGUUUAAAUUCUGUUUACAAAUAUAUGCAAAUAACCUGGAUGUGCUCUGGUGAUUAAAGUAAUGCCUAUAUAUGGCAUGGCUAUUGCGUCUACCAAAUAAACAUCUUGGUUAUUCUACCAAAAAAGACUAUCUAUAAAUAAACUCACUUUUUUACAAUA